AUUUGACUUCACACGUUAAGUAUGGAUUGACAAUAAUUAGAAUAUUUUGAGGUCCAUCAAUGCUGUUUAUCAUUAUUUAUACUAUUGACAAUUCAUCCAUAAGCGACCUCAGAGGGUCAAUAUAUUGACAGUUUGACAAUACUAUUGAAUAUGUGUGGCCCCCUACAUAUAUCUGUGUACUGUCUGUAAUUAUCGUUAUCACUACCUUUUGCGGCGCAUGAGAUGUUACUUGUUGGAUGUCAGCUGUAUUUUAUUGAUCCAAGAAGUCACAAUAUGGUACAAUUUGUACAUAUUAUGUAGGGCAGUUGGAUGUUGUGCGCUAAUUUGGGGGCGUGUAUGUAACUUGUCAGUCCAUAAGCACGUUUAGUAAAGGAUAUAUUGAUACUGAACGAUUGUAUGGUACGCUGAAAGUAGUGUCGAUUUUCCAGUGGAUAUCUCACGCAGUGAGGAUGGUGAGAGCUUCAGUGAUGGAAAAACUCAGGACUGGAUUGAGGAUUUCAAAGCCCAUAGAACCAAAUACGUAAGCUCUGAAAGUAAUCUCUACUAGGCCUAUACUGAAAGGAAAUAAUUGGAGGCGUAAGAGGUCAUUGAAUCUGAUGGAUGAUCCUCCACUUAGCAUAAACGAUCUUCCAAAUGAAAUUUUGUUGCAGAUCUUUUUUUAUCUUUCUGUUGAAGAUAUAGCACUUAAUGUUCAAUUUGUUUGCAGUCGUUGGUCUGAAGUGUGUUCAAAUGAUGUACUGUGGAAGAACAGCUGUUUAAGUGUAGAGGGAAGUGCAUCUAUUCAAUAUGUUGUGUCACUGUUAAAAAAAGUUCCAAAAUUGCAGUGUUUUUGUAUCUGGUUUAGAUCAUCAGGAGAAGUUCUUAACAGAUUAGCAGAAUUCUGCAAAGAUUUGCGUAAAUUAGACUUCUGUGUGCCUCAGCUUGAGUUACCUUAUGAAGCAUUCAAGAAUCUUGUUUCAGAAUGUCCGAAACUGGAGGAAAUUACUAUCCCAGGAUCUGCGCUAGUAAGAGAAGAAUUGGCAGAACUUGUGGGCCAAUGGGAGUACCUGAAUGACAUUUAUCUUAUAGGCAGAUCAGACAAACCCAUUGCACUGAAGUAUUUAGCAGAGGGCUGCCCAGCGUUACAGCAUUUACACAUGCGUUAUGUUGUGUGCAGUUUUACUGAACUAGAAUAUUUCUUAGAGAAAAAGAAGAACAAGCUACUGAGUUUAAGCAUUAGCCCACUCACUCAAGAUGGCAGAUGUGUGAUUCCUCUCCUUGACAUUUGUAAGGACAGGCUGGAAAAACUGCAGUUAGAAGACAGCAAAUAUUGCUACAUUGAGUCACACAAUUUUGGUAUCAUAAAAACACUGAAAAACUUGAAGGCCCUGAGCAUAAAAAUUCCUCGUGGUGUAAGAACAGAUGUGAUGUCAGAUAUUUUUGAAGAAAAGGCAUUGAGUCAGUUACAGGAACUUGAACUAAACAAUUAUGCAGAAAUAAAUGACACUCUGGUUAACACUAUUUGUAGUAACUGCCCAAAUCUCUUGAGAUUGGCUCUCAGAUAUUCGACACGUAUUAGUGAUGAUGCAAUGAGGAAUCUACACAAAUGCAAGAACCUGGAAGAUUUAGAUUUGUAUUAUUGCACAGAACUUACAGAUGUUGCUGUGGACUUUGUUUUAAAGUGUAGUAAAUUGAAGUACCUCAAUCUUGGUUUCUGCAAACUAACAGAGAAAAGCUUAACACGUCUUAUAGUUCUGACUGAACUUAGAGAACUGAUCCUUGAUGCAAUUAAUGUUGCAAGUCUUCCCUUGCAAGUUUUUCCUCAACAUUUGACGAACCUUAGAGAGCUUAAACUUGAUUACUGUAUGAACAUUGAUAAUGAAGCACUAGCUAUUCUCUGUGCCGAAAUGCCUCAUUUAAGAGUAUCAACAAAACAAGCUGAACUGUGUCCUUGACUGCUUCAUAUUCUUAUAUCAUUAUUAAAAAUCUUUGCUAAAAACGGUGACAUUUCUUUGCUGUGAAUAUUGUAUUUAUCACUUAUAAUAUUGUUUUCAUGUCAGUUACAGAUAUUUUAAGUGUAAUGAAAUAAUAAAAGUGUUUAUAUUA